GAGACAGAGGCAAAGACACACCGAGGACAGAGGAGCGUGCAACGGACUGGACCUGCGCUGAAGCCGCUACACGCGUGUCAUCUGAGCCCCUGCUCCGGAUAAAGACUUUGGCUUUAGUCUGAACAAUCGGAUUAUCUUUGAGCGGCAUUGUGCCAUAGAGCCCCGUUCUCCUCGACACUGCCCGGGACCAUGUUAGUGAGCGCGCCCCUCUUGGCCACGCUCGUGCUGCAGCUCAGCGGCUGCCUCGGCUCCUACGUCCCGUGUGAACCGUGCGACGAGAAGACGCUGUCCAUGUGCCCGCCGGUGCCCAUGACCUGCCAGCUCGUGAAGGAGCCGGGCUGCGGCUGCUGCCUCACGUGCGCGCUCGCGGAGGGCCAGGCGUGCGGUGUGUACACGGGCACGUGCACCAAGGGUCUCCGCUGUCUGCCCCGGAGCGGAGAGGAGAAGCCCCUGCACGCGCUGCUCCACGGCCGAGGCGUUUGCACCAACGAGAAGGGCCACAAACCCGCUCCUCCUCCGCCAGAUCGUGAGUCCAGAGAGCACGAGGAGACCAUGGGCCCCGAGGUCACAGAGGAACUGGCCCCGGCCAAAGUCCCCCUGCUGCCCAUCGUCAACAGUAAAAAGGUCCACGCUCUGCGCAAGGAACAGAAGCGGAAGCUGGGGAAGCAGAGGUCUAUGGGCACUCCCAUGGACUACUCCCCUCUGCCCAUCGACAAGCACGAGCCCGAGUUUGGCCCGUGCAGGAGGAAGUUAGACGGCAUCAUUCAGGGCAUGAAGGACACAUCUCGGGUCUUUUCUCUGUCUCUGUAUCUGCCCAACUGUGACCGCAGGGGCUUCUUCAAACGCAAACAGUGCAAACCUUCCCGUGGUCGUAAGCGGGGGAUCUGCUGGUGCGUGGACAAAUACGGCGUCCAGCUCCCGGGGACGGACUACAGCGGCGGGGACAUCCAGUGCAAAGACCUGGAGAGCAGCAGCACGAACAACAACGAGUGACGGACACGGGACUCAAACAGACUUAUGGACCCAAGACCCACCUGACCCACAGCUCUGCCCACAAACUCACACCUCCAAGCCCCCAGUCCUCCGCCAGACCUCCCUACAGGAACCCGGAAGUCUCAAAACGAUGGCAUCAGGCUGAAAAAGUUGUGAUUUUUUUUCUUUUUUGUUGUCUUUUUUUUUUUUUUUUUCUUUAUUCGUUUGUGGUCGACCAAGCACUCAUCGCGACGGAAUGAGCCGACUGGACUUUCCCGCACACUUUGGAUAUGUUUUGGAACGCUGGGGCCUUUUUUUUUCAAGCAACAGUUUGGAUUUUGUGAUUCUGAAACUGCGACAAAAACAACAAAAAUGUCAAGUAUUGGACAAAUCUUUUGAAAAAAAAAAAUACUGGACUAGCCUGGUCAGCCAUCAGUGAAAUCAGCUUCUUGGUUUGAUGAAUUUUUCCAACUGGAUCCUUUAACGCAACUGAAACGGCAUAAAACCAAACAGCAAAUAUCUUUUUUUUUGGUGAAUUUGAACCAUUUUUGUCAAACCGCAUUUAUUUUUUUAACAACAUUGGAAUUGGAAACAAAGAACAAAAAUGAUUCUGAAACUGAAUGCUUAUGGCAACCCAGGCUAGUCACAAACACUGUAGGAUUCCAUCGUGAUUUGGGUUUAUCAAAAAACAUUUAAAAAGAAAUCUAGAGAGAAAAAAUAUUAAGAAUUUUGCGGUUUA